CAGUAGUUAUUCUUGUUUCUGCCCUAUUUAUAUGGUUUUUUAUAAGGAGGAAGCCAAAGAGUGAAAUUGAUGGUGUGGCUGAUAUCAAUAUGGCACAAUCCUUGCAAUUUGACUUUGAUACAAUAAGAGCUGCCACAGCCAACUUCUCUGAUAUGAAUAAGCUUGGACAAGGUGGAUUCGGUCCCGUCUACAAGGGUAAGCUUUUGAAUGGACAAGAAGUUGCUGUGAAGAGGCUAUCUAGAGAUUCUGGACAAGGUGAACUAGAAUUUAAGAAUGAGGUGGUGUUAGUGGCCAAGUUGCAGCAUAGGAAUCUUGUACGACUCCUUGGCUUCAGCUUACAAGGAGAAGAAAAGCUCCUGAUCUAUGAAUUCUUGCCAAAUGCAAGCCUCGAUCACUUCAUAUUUGAUCCAAUCAAACGCACACAAUUGGACUGGGAAAAGCGUCACAAAAUCAUAAGAGGGAUUGCUCGUGGGCUUCUCUAUCUUCAUGAAGAUUCUCGACUUAGGAUUAUACAUAGAGAUCUCAAAGCCAGCAAUGUUUUGUUAGAUGAGGAGAUGAACCCAAAAAUUUCAGAUUUUGGAAUGGCAAGACUUUUUGUAGUCGACCAAACUGAAAAUACCAGUAGGAUUGUCGGAACAUAUGGAUAUAUGGCUCCAGAGUAUGCAUUACAUGGGUUCUUCUCAGUUAAGUCAGAUGUCUUUAGUUUUGGUGUCUUACUAUUGGAAAUUGUGAGCGGUCGGAAGAACAGUUUUUAUCAAUUGGAGCAAACUGAGGACCUUCUUUGCUGUGCAUGGAGAAAUUGGAGGGACAACACAGUCUUGGAGUUGAUGGAUACAACUUUGAGAGGAAAUUGUUUGAUAAAUGAAGUGAUGCGAUGCAUUCACAUUGGAUUGCUAUGUGUUCAAGAAAAUGUUGCUGACAGACCCACCAUUGCAUCAGUUGAUCUCAUGUUCAAUAGCUCAUCCAUCACUCUCCCAGUACCAUCAUCACCUGGCUUUUUCAUUCAUAACAGAAACGAGGCAGACAAAUCUUCCUCAGAGAAUUAUUCGCAAGGAACAGAGUCAGGUUCAUCCACAAUUAAGCCAACACCAAGGUCUACCAAUGAUGCAUCUAUUACUGAGUUGUACCCUCGUACUUUAUGGCUUGAUUCGGCUUUUGAUGUGCUGAACAAUCUUCGUGAUCGAUUUUCUCAAAAAAAUGCUCCACGCAUCUUUGAGAUUCGGCGUGCUCUUUCUACCCAUGUCCAAGGCACAGAUUCAAUUUUGGCUUAUUACACCACUGUUAAAGGCUACCAUGAUGAGUUGCUUUCUUAUCAUGCCCUACCACCUUGCUCUUGUGAUUCUGGAGCAACUAAACACAUUGCCUUUGAUGCCUCCUUUUUUACUGCAGUUACACGUUGCACCUCUUCAUUGCUUAUCACCUUAUCCAAUGGUUGUUUUGCUUUUGUCACUUUAUUUCCUUGCUUUACUUUAGAACGGGUCUUACUUGUUCCAUCUUUUAAAUAUAAUUUGUUGUCUAUAAACAAGCUCACUACUUCUUCUAAAUUUCUUGUCACCUUCGCUGUUGAUUCGUGCCUCUUUCAAGACCCACAUUCGAAGAGGACUGUUGCGACAGGUAGCAAGCAUGGUGUCUUCUACCUCCUUGAUUUGACACUUCCCUUUGCUUCGAUUCUCUUUAUAUCGAAAGCUGAGGAUCCUUCCAUCUACUCCUGUUACAAUUCCGCCAAUUAUACUACCAACAGCCCAUUCGAAACUAAUCUCAACAACACCUUCUCUUCCCUAUACAACAAUACUCCCUUAACCCUUUUCAACACCACCGUAUACGGCGAAGAUCCCAACCGAGUUUAUGGUUUGGUCCAGUGCAGAGGAGAUGCCACCCAAGAUGAAUGCCGGAACUGUGUGAAUACUUCGACUAUUGAGAUCGUUCGACGUUGUCCUCUUGGAAAGGAAGGAAUGAUACGCUAUUGGGCUUGUGUCUUACGCUACGCUGACUGGGACUUCUUCGGCCAAAUCGACAAUCAAAGCCCUAAAAUCUACGUCUUCCCGGUGGACAACGUGACAGAUGUGACUCUGUUUAACCAGAGAGUUGCAGGUCUAAUGCAUAACUUGUCGAUUGCGGCUGCUGGUAGCCCUUCCAAGUUUGCGACUGGACAGACCAGUUCUGUGAAUAGCUUUAGUUCUGUAUAUGGUAUGUUGCAGUGCACAAGCGACUUGUCGGACAGUAACUGUUAUUCCUGCCUCCAAAGCAUAAUUACAGACAUUCCAACUUGUUGUAAUUGGAGAUCGGGAGGGAAUGUUUAUACUUCCAGUUGCUUCUUAAGGUACGAUUCUUAUCUCUUCUUUGACAUGUUUCCUCCGCCACCUCCGUCCCCAACGCAGGCUUCUCUUUCACCGACCCCACUGACUGUUGAUGGUGGAGGCACCAACACCACCGCCACCACCAAUACGACACAAGGGAAAGGGAAAAGUUCAUCAAAUAUUGUUAUUAUUGCUGUGGUCCUGCCAAUAACAGGAGUUCUACUUGUUUCUGGCAUAUGUAUAUAUUUUUGGAUGAGGAGGAAGCCAAAGAUUGAAGUUGAUGGUUUGAAUGAGAUUAGCAUGGUGGAAUCAUUCCAAUUCGACUUUGAUACAAUAAAAGCUGCCACGGCCAAUUUCUCUGAUUUGAAUAUGCUUGGAAAAGGUGGAUUCGGUCCCGUUUAUAAGGGUAUGCUUUUGAAUGGACAAGAAGUUGCUGUGAAGAGGCUUUCUAGAAAUUCUAGACAAGGUGAACUAGAAUUUAAGAAUGAGGUGGUGUUAGUGGCGAAGUUGCAGCACAGAAAUCUUGUGCGGCUCCUCGGCUACAGCUUACAAGGAGAAGAAAAGCUCCUGAUCUAUGAAUUCUUGCCAAAUACAAGCCUCGAUUAUUUCAUCUUUGAUCCAAUCAAAUGCACACAAUUGAACUGGGAAAAGCGUCUCAAAAUCAUCAUCGGGAUUGCUCGAGGGCUUCUCUAUCUUCAUGAAGAUUCUCAACUUAGGAUUAUACAUCGAGAUCUCAAAGCCAGCAAUGUUUUGUUGGAUGAGGAUUUGAACCCAAAAAUUUCAGAUUUUGGUAUGGCAAGGCUUUUUGAGAUCGACCAAACUCAAAAUACCAAUAGGAUUGUUGGAACAUAUGGAUAUAUGGCUCCAGAGUAUGCAUUGCAUGGGUUCUUCUCAGUUAAGUCAGAUGUCUUUAGUUUUGGUGUCUUACUUUUGGAAAUUGUGAGUGGGCGGAAGAACAACAGUUUUUAUCAAGUGGAGCAAACUGAGAAUCUUCUUAGCUAUGCAUGGAGACAUUGGAGGGAAAACUCGGCCUUUGAGUUGAUAGAUACAACUUUGAGAGGAAAUUGUUCGAUAAGUGAAGUAAUGCGUUGCAUUCACAUUGGAUUGCUAUGUGUUCAAGAGGAUGUUGCUGACAGACCCACCAUGGCAUCAGUUAAUCUCAUGUUCAGUAGCUCAUCUUUCUCUCUUCCAAUACCAUCGUCACCUUCCUUUUCCGUUUAUAACAGAAACGAGACAGAGAAAUCUUCCUCAGAGAAUGAUUCCCAGGAAACACAACUGCGCCCAUCCACAACUAAGUCAACACCAAGGUCUAUAAAUGGUGUAUCUAUUACCGAGCUUUACCCUCGGUGAGAUACAAAGGAAGAGUAGUA